AUGGCCUCCAACGCACUUGACAUUCAAUACAAGUCCCGCAUGCUUAGGGAGCGAGCGGCGAAGAAGCUGCACCCGUGGAACUCUCCCCCAUCAUCCACGGGGUCCCACGGCACCAUUACCAUGUCUUCUGUCAUGUCCGAUCCCGACGGCGAGUCUACGCGCAAGCUUAACGAGGAUAUUGCUCGCGUUACUGGCCCGAGAUUCGACCUUGAGGCCGCACACAGAAAGUGGCCCGAACACUACGGCGCCCCCGCCACGAAGCACAAUGCGCAGUCGCUUCGCGCCAAGGAGAACAUGCCGCCCAGAUUCAACCCCGACUACAUGGACGAUUCCACACAAGACGCCUGGCAAGACUCGAAACGCACACGUGCCGAGAUGCAACCUCGCGUCGACAACGAAUCCGACCUCUCGUCCACCAUAUCCAAAUCCCCCGCCCGCCUCGCCAUCCGGCCAGAGAUGGCCCGCUUCGCCCACCAGACGCGCACCCAGAGCCCUCUCUCCCGAGCACACCUGCGCCACUCCUCGGGCAGCCAGCCAGCCCCGUCCGAAGCACCUCUGCAAGACCGCAUCAGCCAGAUGCGGAGAUCUCACACCUCGUCCGCCCUGCCGCGCCACAGCGAGCCGGCGCCCGCCGUUGCCGAGACCAACUUGUCGAAGCACACGCCGCAGAACCUCAACGCGAUCCGCAAACUGUUCCCUUCCCCCUCCACCACCGACAGCCCGGCGCGCAACAACGGCACCAUGCAGUCUUUCGUCAUGCCUGACAUCUCCCACCUCAACGACGUUGUCUCUGGAAAUCUCCGCCUCGGCGGCAUCAAGAACGGCGUCCCUGUUUUUGUCAAGCAUGGCCGCGUACAGAACCGCGACAACCGCCCGGUGAACGACCAUGCCGAAGUCGACGGCCUUGCCAUUCCCGAGGACGAGGGCAAGAUUUUCGUCUCCAUGGAUAUGAUUCGCGAAGAGAUUGAGAACCUCCAGCAGCACGACGACAUGGUGCAGAAGUACGCCGACGACCUGCAAGGCGAAGUGGACUUUCUGUCCAAGGAGGUCAAACGUCUGAAGUCUCGCAAGUCCAUCGAUAGUGCUUUGGGUUCUCGCAGCGGCUCGGAGCCCGAAACGGCUGCGCACGAGCAGCUGGUCACCGAGAAGCUUGUUCUGGAAUCGCAAGUCAACUCGCUGCAGACCCGACUCGACCAGAUGACCCAGAAGAUGGGGGUCAACGACGUGGAGAACAACACCCUAUCCCUGGAGCGGGACCGGGCUCUGAAGAAACUGCAACAGGCUUGCGAGAACAUUGGCGAACUCAUGGACAAGCUUGACGCUCGCGAGAAGGAGCUGAACGAGACGCAAAAGAAGCUCGACGAGACGCUCCAGCUGCAAACCACUCAGAACGUGGCCCCGUCUUCGGGCGAAACGCAAAAGCACCAAGUCGAUGCGCUCCAGCUGGAGAACAAGUCUCUUCGGGCCGAGAACAGCACCCUUCGCCGCGACCAGCAGGCUCUGCAAGACGAGGUGGAGUCGCUGCGAGCCGACAACAACUCGUUGCGUCGGGAGCAAGAGUCUCUGGUGGCCGAGAACCGAUCACUCCGAACCAAUGCUCGUUCCCUGAUGUCUGAGAACGAGGAGUUCCGCGAAAACGCCAACACUGCGCAGCAAGAACUGAACGCGGCGCGUGAGGAGGUGGACGCGCUGCAGCAGGACAUGGACGCUGUGGACCAGGAGAAGAUCACUCUGAAGGAAGACAAUGAUAGCCUCGUGCGCCACAACGAGAAGUACUUUGAGGAGAACAAGAUGCUUCGCCGCGAGAACAGCGGCUUCGAGCGCAGCAUUCACGACCUGCACGACGAGAAUGUGCGGCUCAAGGAAGAAAUCGAGUUUCUUAAGCAGCAGCUGGAUCAUUGUCGACCACUUGGCAAAGGCGACAACUUCUCCGCCCGUCUUGGCCACGACGACGAAGAGGAGGACGGCGACGAGGAGAACAUGACCUCGGCCUUCUUUGUUCCUGACAUUACCAUUGAUGAGAACUCGAUCGUCGACGCGACCACCGAAAGCAACAAGGCGCCGCCUGACAUGCCGACACAGAGCCAGAGGCCAUUUGAGAUUCCAGAGAUCGAUGGGCCGACAGAGGGAAGUCUUGCUGAUCCCGAGAACACAUUUGACACACGUGCCAUGAAGAGCCGAAAAGACGCAACACAACAAAAGGAUAUGACAACCCAAGGCCAGAAAGUCGCCUUUUCGCUUCCCGAGAACGCACAGAACAGCAAGACAACCGCACAAGGCGCGAACCGCAGCAGCAAGAGGCGGACGGCAGCCCAACGCAGCGCUGCGAAAGGCGGGCUCGUGGCUGAUGCCGAUGCAUACAUGACCCAGGAGAGCACCCAGGACCUGACGCAAAACCUCUCCAUCACCUUUGAGCCAAAGGCCAAGUCCCGCAAGGAGAUGACCACCCGGUCUGAACACACACGGGAACACGCUGUUACGAUGACCCAGAACAUGACGGGCCAGAGCCAGAAGGUGACGUCGGCCAAGUCUUCUUUGAAGCCCUCUCACAACAAGUCGACAACUGUCGAUAUGACGAGUCGCAGUCGCAAGGAGGAACGCCCAUCGGAGACCCGAGCCAACUGUCCUGCGCUGUCUGCGAACGCGCGUCGUGUGUUAGACGAUCUUUGCGAGCACAAGUGUAAGAACUGUGUCGUUUGCAGCAGGAUCACAGGACACCGCGGCACAGUCAGCUUGAAAGAAGCGACCGAGGGCAAGAAGCGUAUCCACGUUCCCAAGCCGAUCCCUGCCACGGAGCAGGUGCAGCAGCUCGAAGGCUACACCGAAGAGCCGACGAUGCGGCCUUCGCAGCAUCCCGGCCAAGCUUUGGCCAUGGUCAUCAAGGGUCUCAAGGACGAGGCGGAACACCUCAAGAUGGAGUUCUCCAGGCUGCAAGCGCGUUACAAUGACCUCAAUUCGGCGCUCGGCCGUACGGCGCGCAAGGACCUGGCGUCGCGUAUGAGGGAGAUGCUCAAGAGGCUCGAGGUCAAGAACGACCAGAUCUACGCGCUGUACGACGUUCUCGAGGGGCAGAAACAGGCGGAUCAAGCCAUGCCGGAGGAGGAGCUUGAGAUGACCAUCUUCAGCAUAACGGGCUUGAGCCUCCGAGAAGCCAGCCAGAACUUCACUCUGGAUAGUGUUGCGAUAUGA